CUCGGAUAUGUUCGGUCUUUUACGUUCGCCAUGAUUUGCCCUCCCGCACGUAGUUAGAAACUGUCAAAAAUACGCAGAGCACAAGCCGUGUGCGUUCUGUCUGCCUGCUUUGUUACCUCUGACUACCGUGUUACUAGUCAGAGAGCAGCAAUGAAAUUCUUCACAUGUGAUAAUGCUUUUCAAUUUACAUGGGACCAAGUUGUGGCUGGGUUUUGGCAAAGAUAUCCAAAUCCAAACAGUAAACAUGUCCUGUCUGAAGAUGUUAUUGAAAGACGAGUAGAAGGCACUCAACUGAUUACCAAAAGGCUUAUAACUAAGACCAACAGUUUACCAAAAUGGGGAGAAAGGUUUGUGCACGGUCUGAACAAAGGUGUAUAUCUCGUGGAGGAAUCUAUCCUGGAUCUUAAAAAUAAAACAUUUGUGACAUAUACAAGAAACAUUGUGCAACAAAAAGUUAUGAGUGUCGAGGAGAAAUGUACAUACACACAACAAGGCGAUAAUUCUGAAACAACACAGUGUACACGGCAAGUCUGGGUGAAUUCUGGUGUACGAACAAUAUCAAGUGUUAUAGCGUCAUUCGGUAUUCAACGCUACAAGAAAAAUGCUUCCAAAGCUGUAAUUGGCUUCGAUUAUGUCUUAAAUAAACUCUAUGGACCAGAAUCGGAGGCUGAAAAUAAAGUUAUUCCUGAAUCGAGGAAAGAAAAGGCUAAAGAGUUUGCUAAAGCAAAAGCAGAUUCUGUAAAAUCUAAAUUACCGAGACCUCGGUUGACAUCUUGUCAGAAUGACGGCUCAUGAACAUUUCUCAUACAGAUUCAUUGCAAGCUUGAUUUGAGCCGUGUCACGACAAAACCAACAUAAUGGGUUUGCGAACAGCAUGGAUCCUGAUCAGACUGCGCGAAUGCGCAGGCUGGUCUGGAUCCAUGCUGCUCGCAAACCCAUUAUGUUGGUUUUGUCAUGACGUGGCUCAUUUCAUUUUUUUUUUUUUUUUUUUGUGUGAAAAAAUUGACAAAAAUUUGUGUAUUAGACAUAGGUUUGAAAGGCAGCUUAAUAAAAGGUACUGUCAUACUGGAAUUUAAAGAUACAGUACAGACUGUUUAAAAGGACCUGUAUGUAUUUUUCCUUUAGUGUUUAAAGAUAAAUAUAAUGUGUCAGCAGAUUGUCAGUGCAGUCAGUAGUUAAUGUUAGCCAGUAUUACACUUGCAGAUAUAGUUUACAUGUUUGACAUGGUAAUGUGUAAUUAUAAUAGUAUAUAAGUGCUAAAAUGUGGGUUUUGUUUUUGAAGAAAAUCUUUAUAUUUUGUUUUACUGUUAACAAGUAUUAUAUUGUUCAUGUGUAAGACAUCAGGAUUAUUUCAUUAGUCUGUUUAUUCUGUUAUUCAAAUUUCAUUAUCUAUCGGGGUAGUCCUUGUUAGUUUACUAGGGAUAGUGUUUGAUCAAUUGUUUGGUCUAGAAAAAGACAUGGGAUAUACAUGACCCUUUACAAUGCAUAGUUAUGUAUUGUACAUAUCUGUAGGCAUUUACCUUCUGUUGUUAUUUCAUGUAAGUUUAUUACCUCCCUUUGAACAUCUAGAAUAUUGCUACAAUUUGGUGUUUUAUCAAGACAAAUUGAUGCUGUUUGGUUGAAUGAUAAAAUUAAUGUGUUUAGAGCUUAAUAAUUGCUUUAAAUAUUAAUAUAGCUAUUCAGUUAAAUUUUCAUUUAUAUUAUUUUUAAUAACAGAUUAAACAUUGCUAACAUAAGCUAACAUUAGCAAUUACAAAUUUUCCUUGAUUUUCUCAUAAAAUAAUCUUGAAAUAAAUAUUCAUUGUACAAGGUAAAAUAUUCAUAAAAACAUAAACCGGUGAUUUGUUGUCAUUUAAUAAUGGUAUAAAAGUUAGAUUUACCAGUUAUUUUUAAGUUCCAUGUGAUUUGUAGUUUAUAGUUAUUUCCAUUUAGACAGAUAGAAGUUUGUAAAUGUCUAUGUUGCCAUAAAUGUAUUACCAUAGUUACAUAUUACUCCAUACACGUGCGUACAUUUAUCCGGAACAUUCCAGAGUCAAGUCAGUGUUGGUAUCUGACCUCUAGUCUUCAAAAUGGACUUUCUUCACAAACUUGCAAUUGUAAUAAACUUGAAUUUACUUUUCUCCCAACAAUGUGAUUUUACUGAUUAUUGCUAUUUUAGAACAGAAGUAUUAGAAAUUGGAGUCAAUGUUGAUUCCUCUAGACCAGGGUUCGUAAACCUGGGUAUUAAACUGUAAAACCAAAUUCAGUGGGUCUUAGUUGGUAAUGCUUAUGAUAGCGAGUAAUGCUCGCUAUGGUAAUUACCCUGGUGGUGAGGGUAAACAAACCCGAAAUACACAUACAGGACACUGAAUUGUCAAAUCUUUGACCUGAUUUAGAAGGUGUAGAAUUCCAAGAUGUUUUAGAGUUUCUAUGAAUACAACAAUUUUUUAGCAUUUAAUUUUAACUCAUGUUUUACUGACAGAAUACAAUGAUUCAUUGAAUGAGUAUUUGAGAGACAUUUCGAGCAUUUUGUUUUACAAUGCCUAUCAGAGAUGUAAUUUUUUUACAAAUUAAUAUUUUUGGUUCAGGAUAGAAUGCUCUUCUAAAAGUCUUAAAAUCGGUGUAUAAUUCGAUAAAUGAACAACAUUCGUAGUUAUUUUUGAGAGAUAAAUAACUUUUGUUGGAAUAAUUUUCUAAUUAUUAAUAUUUGUAAUUUUGUUUUCAGUGAGAUUGAUAGAUUAGAUCAUUUUUUGUGCUAACAUUUAAAUAUGAUAUUUUGAAUACCAAUUAAUUCACGUGAUGUAAUAUAAGCCG